UUUCAUUAACCAGCUCACCUGCUCUGCAACGCCUCUCCACUCCACAAUUCCUUAUUUUGCCCUCAAAUUUCAUUUAUUCAAACCCCUCAAUCUCAUGGUCUUUCCGUAAUUUUCCCUUUCAAUCAUGGCGGAAACUUCCAGAUUCCACCAUCGCAGCACACUCGAUUACAAGCGUUUAAUCCCAUCAUUUCUCACUCUCAUUUGGACCCUUGGAUUCUUUCUGAUCAUCAUAUGGCAACGCACAGCCGUAGAUCGGAUCUUAACGUUCCGUCGCUGGUCUUCGCCGCCGACGAGGCCCAUCCCGAAGCUACGUCCUGUGGUCUUCAACUUGACCGAUUUCGGAGCAGUUGGCGAUGGCGUGACAGUAAAUACAAGAGCAUUUGAGAGGGCAGUGUCGGAAAUCGAAAAGCGAGGUGGCGGUCAGCUCAACGUUCAACCUGGGGUUUGGCUUACCGCGCCUUUUGAUCUCACGAGCCACAUGACUCUCUUUCUUGCUGAAAAUGCCGUUAUACUUGGAAUUGACGAUGAGAAGUAUUGGCCAUUGAUGCCUCCUUUGCCAUCAUAUGGAUAUGGAAGAGAGCAUCGUGGACCUCGUUAUGGAAGUCUAAUCCAUGGUCAAAAUUUAAAGGACGUUAUCAUAACAGGACAUAAUGGUACUAUCAAUGGACAAGGUCAAACGUGGUGGAAGAAGUAUCGUAAGAAGCUUCUCAAGCACACGAGGGGCCCCCUUGUGCAGAUUAUGUGGUCAAGAGACAUUCAAAUAUCUGACAUUACUUUGCGUGAUUCUCCAUUCUGGACGCUCCACCCUUAUGAUUGCCAGAAUGUUACUAUUAGAAAUAUUACUAUCUUGGCUCCGUUGUUUGACGCCCCAAACACCGAUGGAAUAGAUCCUGAUUCAUGUGAGGAUAUGGUGAUAGAGGAUUGUUAUAUAAGUGUUGGGGAUGAUGGAAUUGCUAUAAAGAGCGGUUGGGAUCAGUAUGGAAUUGCUUAUGGCCGGCCUUCCACUAACAUUCGUAUCCGUAAUGUCGUGGUACGCUCAAUGAUAAGUGCUGGAGUAUCAAUUGGUAGUGAAAUGUCCGGUGGAGUUUCAAAUAUCUCUGUGGAGAAUCUCCUUGUUUGGAACUCAAAAAGGGCUAUUCGGAUUAAGACCAGCCCUGGCAGGGGGGGUCAAGUUCGGCAUAUCACAUAUCGGAACCUCACACUAAAUAAUGUUCGGGUGGGGGUUGUGAUAAAAACCGAUUACAACGAGCACCCAGAUGAAGGUUACGACCCCAAAGCCCUUCCAAUUAUUGAGGACAUAAGCUUCAUUGGAAUCCGUGGUCAGGGGGUUCGUAUACCGGUCCGCAUCUAUGGCAGCUCAGAGAUUCCAGUGAGGAAUGUUACUUUCCAGGACAUGUCAGUGGGAAUAACAUACAAAAAGAAGCGUAUCUUCCAGUGUGCGUAUGUUCAAGGCCGUGUGAUUGGAAGAAUUUUCCCUGCCCCAUGUGAGAAUCUUGAUCAGUAUGAUGAAGUAGGUAGGCUGGUUAAGCAAUCAACAUCGCAUAAUAAUGUUGAUACGGAUUAUGAAGUUUGACGAGAAAAAUCCGCAGUUCUUAAAUGGAUGGCUUGCCUCUCAGAGAGAUGGGCUUCAUUCUUCGAUAUUCUAAUACCCACUAUAAGGAUGUUGGAACAUACAGAGGCACAUUCAAUUUAUUGAACUCAUCUUCGAAGAAGAGAUUUAGAGUGACGAUUUUAGAGUACGUUUCUUCGCCAGGAGACAUUCAUGGAUGAAAGAAGAGGAAGUGGAAUGUAGAGGUUGCCAUAAUAGGGGCUGGUUCCAUGACUGUUCAUUUGUACGUUUGCCCGAGUUUCAUGAUCGCAUGCUGUCAUCCCGUCUCGUGGUGUAGGAGUGGAUCAUGGAUUUGUUCUUGUUAGAGUUUCCUUCGAUUUUCGUGGCAGACUGGUGAUGCUGCCUCUGUCAAUGUGCAGAAGGGAAGGAACUCGUGAUUUUACUCAAAAAUUGUCAGCUUGGCUGGCAAAAGGAAUGAAGAUGAUGUUGUGUUCUAACUUUGUGCUGUACCAGGUUUUUGGGGGUUUUUUUUCUGUUU